GAUUACCUUGAGAACCUCUCAAGGAUCUUGAACUAUUCAUCCAAAGAUCUAAGAGUUGCACACUUGAACAUUUGUAGCCUUCGAUAUAAGAUAGACGAAUUAAGACUCCUGCAGAGGAUAUGUGGAUUUGACAUUUUGGGAAUUUCUGAGACCCAUCUGGACUCUUCUGUUCCUGAUAACUUCUUGCAAAUAGACGGUCUCCAACUUAUCCGACGUGACAGAACUAAAUGCAAAGGAGGAGGUGUUGCCCUGUACUAUGCUGAACAUCUAAUGGCUGUACACCGUAAAGAUUUAUUAGUCAGAGAUAUUGAGGCCGUAUGGAUACAGGUGAAAUUCCCAGCCCACACUACUUUAUUCUCAGUUGUUUACCGAUCUGAACUCGAAACUCCGAACUUCUUUGAAAACUUUCACGGCGUUCUUGAGAAAGCCUGGUUGAAAACAGACAGUAUUUUCGUCCUUGGUGACUUAAACUGCUGCAUGUUGGAAGCCCAAAACAUUCCUGGCUCCACCUUAAUUACAUCUAAGACAAAGAAUUUGCUGGGGCUUUUUGAAGAUUUUAAUAUGCAAAAUGUUAUUGCUGAACCAACCCGCAUAACUUAUACCACAAAGUCACUGAUUGAUCUUAUUGUUACCACCAAGGUGGAUGUUGUGCGAUGCACAGGAGUAAUGCCACUAGGUAUAUCCGACCAUUGCCUAGUGUAUGCAACGCUUAAAUUGGGCAGCAAAAGACCACCGCCGAAGAUUAUUCGCACCUGA